AUGGGUGACUUGCGACCAACCCAUCAACAUGCCGACGCCGAUGGCCAUUUUCGUCGGAAAGACAGCCAGUUCCGCAACUGGAUAUCCAAAGAGCCAGGUUCCAAGUUCACACCCGACAAGGAUCGAUAUGCCCUCUACGGAAACUACGGUUGCCCUUGGGCACACCGAACAAUCCUCGUCCGUGAGCUAAAGUCGCUCGAGCCCGUCAUCCAACUCAUCACUACCGACUUUGACCUGACCGAGAACGGCUGGACUUUCACCGGACGGAACGGCAGCAUGGGUGCCGAUCCUCUGUACGGCUUCACAGGCCUGAAACAACUCUACCUGAAAGCCGACCCCAACUACGUCGGUCGCUACACCGUGCCCGUGCUAUGGGACAAGAAGACGGAGACAAUAGUGAACAACGAGUCGUCGGAGAUUAUCCGCAUGCUGUACGAUCAGUUCGACGAUUUCCUAGAACCCGACCAGAGGGAAGUCAAUAAGCCCGGCGGGGGAUUUUAUCCUCCGCACCUGAGGGCCGAGAUCGACGCCAUGAAUGAGUGGGUGUACAACACAGUCAACAAUGGCGUGUACAAAACGGGCUUCGCGGCGUCGCAGGAGGCCUACGACGCCAACAUCUACCCGCUCUUUAAAUCACUUGACCGCCUCGAGGAACACCUGAACGAUCCCUCUCACCAACCAUACCUGUUUGGCGAACACAUCACCGAAGCGGACAUCAGGCUAUACACCACCCUCGCGCGCUUUGACGUCGCAUACUACAACAUCUUCAACUGCAACCUGAAAAUGAUCCGGCACGAUUACCCCCGCCUUUCAAAAUGGUUGCGAAAUCUCUAUUGGGACACGUCCGACCGAACGAACGGCGGGGCGUUCAAAAAGACCACUUUCUUUGAAGUUUACAAGUAUGGGUACCUCCGCGCAAAGGGCCGCCAGAUGCACGGCGGAAGUGACCUUGGAUGGCCUGUUAUUAUUCCGCGCGGGCCGAUCCCGGAUAUCGAACCUCUCACGGAUGAAGAGGAGAAGGAACUUAUUGACGGCACGGCCAGAAAAAUGAACGGCUUGGCACUUCACAACCUGCCAUCCGGUGGAAACGUGGGCGCCUCCGCGAACCCAUUCAGCGCACAUGGAGACAAGGCAGGAAUGGGCGCCAUCUUCGGCGCUGACGUCGAUUCUCCCAACCUCGACGACGAGGACGUGACUACGCCUACCACCGCGGCGGCGACGGGCAGCGUGGGAAGUCCCGCCAGCACCAAGAACGGAGUGGAUGAAGACGACGGGAAUACGGGCUUUGAUGAGAACGGCGAAAUCCACCCGCGGAGGGUGAUCAAGAGGAGAACAACGUACAGCGAUGCCAACGCUAAGUGGUACAAGGCGGCGAAGAAGGCCGAGAAGAAGAUGGGUGCCCCGAGUAUGCAUUUGGCGUUGUAA